AGGGCAGCGGGAAGCAUGGCCACGGCGGCGGCGGCUGUGGCCCGUCGGGCCGGGGCGAGGGCGGCGGCGGCUCUGCUGAGCGCCUGCGGGACCGCGGCCCGGGGGUGGCGGCGCGCGGGCCCCGCGCGGCCCUUGUGCACAGCACCUGGAACGGCACCGGACAUGAAAGGCUACCUGUGGGAGCGCUACCGGGAGGCAAAGAGGAGCACGGAAGACUUGGUGCCUUCCAUUAUGAACAACUUGUUGAAUCCAGAUGCCAUUUUCUCAAACAAUGAGAUGAGCCUGUCGGACAUUGAAAUCUAUGGCUUUGAUUACGAUUAUACCCUGGUGUUUUACUCAAAGCACCUCCACACGCUGAUAUUUAAUGCCGCGCGGGACCUUCUCAUCAACGAACACCGGUAUCCGGCGGAAAUCAGGAAGUAUGAGUAUGACCCAAAUUUUGCCAUCCGUGGACUUCACUACGAUGUGCAGCGGGCGGUUUUGAUGAAGAUAGAUGCUUUUCAUUACAUCCAGUUGGGAACCGUCUACAGAGGCCUCAGCGUUGUCCCCGAUGAAGAAGUCAUUGAAAUGUACGAGGGGUCCCACGUGCCUUUGGAACAGAUGAGUGACUUUUAUGGAAAGAGUUCUCACGGAAACACCAUGAAGCAGUUCAUGGACAUCUUCUCCCUGCCAGAGAUGUCACUCCUGUCCUGUGUCAACGAGUACUUUCUCAAGAACAACAUUGACUAUGAGCCUGUCCAUCUGUACAAAGACGUCAAGGAUUCAAUUCGAGACGUGCACAUCAAAGGAAUCAUGUACCGAGCAAUCGAAGCAGAUAUCGAAAAGUACAUCUGCUACGCCGAGCAGACCCGCGCAGUGCUGGCCAAACUGGCUGAUCAUGGCAAGAAGAUGUUUCUCAUCACCAACAGCCCCAGUAGUUUUGUGGACAAAGGGAUGAGGUAUAUUGUUGGAAAAGACUGGAGGGACCUGUUUGAUGUGGUCAUCGUUCAGGCUGAGAAGCCAAACUUCUUUAACGAUAAGCGGAGACCUUUCCGAAAGGUGAACGAGAAAGGUGUCUUACUCUGGGAUAAGAUCCACAAGUUGCAGAAAGGCCAGAUUUACAAGCAGGGCAAUUUAUAUGAAUUUUUGAAGCUUACUGGGUGGAGAGGAUCCAAAGUGUUGUAUUUUGGCGACCACAUAUACAGUGACCUGGCGGAUUUGACCCUGAAGCAUGGCUGGCGAACAGGUGCGAUUAUCCCGGAGUUAAGAUCUGAGCUCAAAAUCAUGAACACGGAGCAGUACAUUCAAACCAUGACUUGGCUGCAGACCCUGACCGGGUUAUUGGAGCAGAUGCAGGUUCACAGAGAUGCUGAGUCACAGCUGGUUUUGCAGGAGUGGAAAAAGGAAAGAAAGGAGAUGAGAGAAAUGACCAAAAAUUUCUUCAACACCCAGUUCGGAAGCUUGUUCCGCACAGACCAGAAUCCCACCUACUUCCUGAGGCGCCUGUCCCGCUUUGCUGACAUCUACAUGGCGUCUCUGAGCUGCCUCCUGAACUACGACGUCAGCCACACGUUCUACCCCCGGCGGACUCCGCUGCAGCACGAGCUGCCCGCCUGGUCGGACCGGGCCCCCGCCCUCAGACCCCCGCUCCUGCAGGAGGCCCAGGCCGAGUAAGCGGGGCCCGCCCGCGGAAGAGGCCGGAAGCCGACCCCCGGCCGGCUGGACGUGUGCGGUCGACUCGUGUGCAAAUGAGUGUCGCUUUCGGCCAAGACACAGAUACACCUUUUGAUAUUUAUUUGGUACCUUUGGGAGACUCCUCCCCAAGUUGUCGGGACAGACGCGGGCAGCCUGGCCUCUGCGUUUCCCGUACCGGUUGGGCUUCAGGGCAGGCCGGGUGUUGAAACUGUGAUUGGCCGUCGUGUUUACCAAGGUCCCGGCCCGGGCGUCCUUUUUCCGGGCCCCGUGAGACCUCUCGAUGCCGGUCUCCCUUCCAGCGGCGGAAGUGCCGAAACCCUUCUUGCCUCUUCGUGGGCGAGGGGCCGAAUGUUCACAGGCAACUCUCCCGGAGCCGCAGGGGACCGCAAGCCGCUCGCCGCAGGCUCCACGGUAGCCUCGCACGGCGGCACAGGGCGUAGAUGGUCCCCAAGCCGCGGCCGACUCCCCGGGCCCGCGGCGCUGGGGCUUCGGCCUCCUGGCCCCUCGCUCGAAGGGAGACUCGGCCUCCCUGGGACGUCUUCUGUGAAAGAACAAGAGGAGGCGCGGGUCCCCCGACGCUCCCUUGGCCUCCGUGUCCGCUCGCUGUGCCCGCCCCCUGCCGGGGAAGCCGCGCAGUGCCACGUGGCGUGGGCGGCUCACUGCUUCCCCGGGGCAGGGGAAGAGGGGGAGAGGAGCUUCCGGUUUACUCCCCCGCCUGCAGAACAGAGGGCGUGCGGUCGGGCCGCAAGCGCCCGGGGGAUUUGUGAUGGGCCUCGCGGGAGUUCGUCACCCCUGAAAACGCCACCCCAGCGUUGGUUUGCUGCGCCCGUCGGCGGGCAGAAAGUGACACAGGCGAAGAAACGUCCUUGUGAUGAAAUGCCCCGCCGGGACCCCUGCUGGGUUGUCGGAAUCUUGUCAAAACACUCGCGUUAACCAGCCGGUGGGGAGGAGGCGGCCCUGUCACCGCGUAGCCCUCGCGGUCCCUCCCUGCCGUGUUUGUGUGGCUACUUUGGGAGCGUGGGUGGCUUUCUUUAGGCGGCUGUGCUGAGGGUGGGAGAGGGUAAGGGCCUGGCAGCCCGGAGGCGGCCGAGGCGCAGCCCCGCUCGCCCUCGCCGAGUGUCUCGUUGCUUUCUAAGGCAACGCGCGCGACUCUCGUGCUUUACCCUGCAGCACGGCAGGUCCACGGAAGGGGGGCUUGCGGAGAGCGCUCGCCGUGUCCGCGGUUUUAGUGUGGCAAAUGUAUCAGAACCAGGGGUUGAUGAAAUGCUAGCUUCAUCAGAAAUUAAAUGAGUUCCCUGACAUCCUUUGCGAUGCCCUUUGCAAUGCCCUUUAGACCCAGUCGACCCGAUUUGGCCCCCUUUGUUACUUGUAAAUUUUUGUUAUAAACACAGUAUUCCAUUCUUUUGUUGGGAAUGGGGUAGGCAUUUUGUCUGCUGUGUGUUAGCUCCUAUGUGUUUUGAGCAUCAGAGGGUAUUGGAGACGGGCAUUUAAUGGGCACAGGUGGAUGCCCAGAACUGCUUGGUGUUAGGGUCUUCAGUGGACGAGCUGGUGCUGUUGGCCUUAGAGUUUCUGCUUGGAGAAGCUGAGCGAGGAAGCAAAAAAGUCUUUUCUUACUUUUGAUCUAAUCAGGUAGUCAGGGGAUGUUAGGUGCCCAUUGCAUUGUGUUUUGUUUCCUCCAGAAUGAAGAAGAGAUAUUUUUAAAACUGUCUUUUACGGAUAGCUAGGUUAGGUGACGCACGCCUUAGGGGAGAACAUUUUCUCGGGGUGAAUAGUGAAUUUUACAAUAUAUUACCAAUUAAGAUUUCAGUCUCUGGGCCCUCGGACAUGGCGGGAUUGAGAUCUGGCGUGCGUAGCAGAAGCCUGGCAUCUGUCUCAGCAGGUCCCACACUUGGCGGACGGCGCCCACGCCAGGGCCAGCAGCCUGGGUCAGGACAGCCGUUUCCACGGCAAGGACAGACACGGGCAUUCCCGUGUGUGCUCAGUCAGGGUGGAUUGUAACCUUUCCCUCUUGGGACUCUGUUGGGACUUGGCCCGCUGCGCUGGGCGUCACAGUUCUCCUCGGUUCUCUGUUGUGCACACUGAUGAAAGCAUAUUGGUACAAGCGAAGCGAGUCUCCUUUCUACCAUUAAAAAAAAAAAUCAGUUUGGAAAGUGAGCACAAUUAAAUUGGUCUGCACAUUGAAAAAUAGCUUUGGUUAGGCUGGUGGUACGGGGGCGGUGCGUGCCCGCUGCAGAGCCCGGGUCGGCUCGUGGUACCCACAGCAGACUGCCCUGGCGGGGGCCUGCACGGCUGGCGUUGCAGCCGUUUAUGGAUGAAACUCGGCUUUUCAGGUAUCUUAGGAGUUUGGCUCAGGGCUCCCCCUUUCCUCCUCGUAUAGCCUCUUUUUUCUUCUUUCUCUCUCUUUUCCUUCAGCUCCACUUCCUGCCAUCACCGUGAAUGCGAUGUAACAUAAACCACCUGUUACUGAUUCAGUCCCAUCUUAGACCAAAUUACUAGUUGUGCGAAUGUAUUGGCCCUCUUAAUUAUCGCAGAAGAGAAAUGAGAAGUAAUCUUCCCUCCUAGCUAAUUGAGCUUUGGGUGAACUAAACGGCUUUUCCUCUCUCUUCCUCCCAAAGGCCUUUUAAGCAGUAGAGUGUGCUAAAUAUUGGACUUGAUUCCCUCUGCUGAAGGCUCAUUUGCUGCCAACGACCCACUCGGGGGCUCUUUUCCAGAAUGCUCUAAGACUAAACUUGGCCGGAGGCAGGGUUCCUUGAUUGCUCUAUUCAACUACUGGGGAGUCUGUGUUUUGCCCUCUUAAUACUAAUUUCCUUUCGUACCAAUUUUUUUUUCUCUGUCUCUUUUUUUUUUCUUUCUUUUUUUUUUUUUUUUUUGCAUUAGCAUUUGGGAGCCUGGCUCCAAGUUUAGCUAACCUUUAACACCCUGGCGGAUUAAAGAAAGGGAGUGAAGUUUCUCUGAUGCAGGAUUCAGCGAGCCUUGCCCGUAAAGAGCCAGGUAGGAAGCACUGGCGGCUUUGCCGGCGAUUUUCUGUGGUCACUGCUCUAGGGACGGGCACAUCGUGUGCCAUCACCACCUGAUGUACAAAAACUGCUGCAGGCUAGACUUGGCUCCCCAGCCGGAGUUUGCCGCCCCCCCCCCCCCCCCCCCCGCCCCCGCGCGAGUGGCUUGUGGCGGUGGCUCCGGCAAGCUCACCUGGCUAAGAGCACGCAGGGGAACGAGGUCAGAGCUGCGUGCGGCCGCUGGAGAGACGCUCUGGAGGCGAGCGCGCCGCGGUCCCCUAAGCGGCUCCCCGGGCACGUGCACGCCCGUGGCCAGCGUUUGCGGCACGCAUCGUGACCGUUGCGGGGUGGAACUGGACGGGCCCGGCGCUCGCCGACUGUCCUUCGUUGCGCUGACCUGUGGUGGUGCUCGCGGACGCGAUGGGCGUGGCUGCCCAGAACACCCUUCCCAAGCGCAGGACUCCCCCCUCCGGCCGCCGGGUGAGCCGCUUACCAUCCUCAGCUGGUGGCCCACGUCGAGGGCUGCCCUCCAGAAAAAGCCCUGCCUCGGACCAAGUCCUGCCUCCUUCCUGGAGCGGCCGGCUCCUGCCCUGCCAGCCCUGCUUCCUUCCCUUCUCGUUCCUUCUCCGUUUCCGGGUGUCGAUCCCAAGAACACUCCCCCCACACUCUUCCUGCACGUGAACUCCAUCUGGGCGUCUGCUUCCCCGGGGACCCACCCCGCUACAGCACUUCUGUACUUUGUACUGCACGCUUGGACCCGGGCUGGGGAAACCGUGUUCUAGGUAUUUAGCAGAAUGACAGGUUGUGCCUGUAGGGUAUCGGGCACAACAGAUGCGAGCUAGGUAGACUUACUAUUUAUUCUGAAUGUGAACUUGCUAUUUAUUCUAAAUGUUGAUUUUCUGUUACAGGAUAUUGAACUUAGUGCCAAAUAAAAAUUUGAAUUAUGUCGUCCAGUUCA